AUGUAUGGUAUGAGAAGAUUAUGUCGUCCUACGGUAAUGCGUGCUGCAUUUCCCGUACGAGCUUCUUUAAAUCAUCCUAGAGCAUUUUGGUUUUCUUCGGAAGCUAAGAAAGAUGAAACUGGUGAAAAGGCAGCUGAAACGGCGCCUAAGCCUGAAGAAAAUGCACAACUUAAAGAAAUCCAGGAAAAAUAUGAAGCAAAGAGUAAAGAAAUUGCUGAAUUGAAGGACAAUGUCCGUCACAAGUUGGCAGACGCUCGAAACAUGGAAAACCGUGUGAAACGUGACAUGGAGCAAACUCGUGCAUUUGCCAUUCAAAAGCUACUCAAAGACCUUUUAGAUUCUGUCGACAAUUUAGAGCGUGCUUUGUCUAUUGUGCCCGCAGAGAAGCGUAAGGAUCGCGAUUCCAAUAAAGACUUGGUUGAUUUGUACGAUGGUUUAGUCAUGACCGAGUCAAACAUGAUCAAGAUGCUACAAAAACAUGGUGUGGUUCGUUACGAUGGUAUCGGCGAGCAGUUUGAUCCUAACAUCCAUGAAGCUGUCUUCCAAAUUCCCAUAGAAGGAAAGGAUGCAAACACAAUCUUCCAUUGUGAGAGCAAGGGUUACACAUUAAAUGGUCGUGUUGUCCGUCCCGCCAAGGUUGGUAUUGUCAAGGGUGAAGACAAUUAA